CGUGUGAGCAGGCUCGGCUUGUCAGUCACACUUUAAACGGCGCUGUGGCGCUCAUCAGCCCUACCACCGCCAGAAGCACCAGCGAUUCGCCCGCCUCCUCCUUCCUCCCGCUGAUCGCCGAAUCGAGCCACACGGAGCUACAGAAUUUUAGGAUGAACGCCUGCUGAGGAGCAGCCACCGCUACUAAGCCGAGGGCGACUCACAGCACCGCCGUUGGGGAGGGGAGCGGGGGAAGGAGCGAGCCGACGAGCCGUUUCACCGUUGGAGCGCUCUCCCCUCAAGUGGAGAGGGUGGGGGGCGGGGGACUUUGCCAUGGUCCGGUCCGGGGACAUCUUUGUGGCCCUGCUUCUUGUGACCUGUGCGGUGUCACUGGACGUGCAGAUCACACCCAGUCAUGGUGAAAUCAGUCUCGGAGAGUCCAAAUUCUUCAUGUGUGAAGUUAUCGGCGGAGCCAAGCACAUAGACUGGUUCGGGCCCGGCGGCGAAAGGAUAGAACCCGACGACCCGGACGUCACGGUGACCCGGAACGACGAGACGUCGUCCAUCCUCACGCUUUACCGAGCCGGGACGGAGAACGCCGGCACGUACAAGUGCGUCGCCGCCAAUGGAGAUCAACAGGGAGAGUCGACGGUUAACAUCAAGAUAUUCCAGAAAAUCACCUUCACAAAUGCGCCGUCGCCGCAAGAGUUCACCGAAGGAGACACCGCCGUCAUCGUGUGCGAUGUCAUCAGUUCCCCUCCGCCCACCAUCCUUUGGAAGUACAAAGGAGCCAGAAUACAGAUGGAAAAAGACGUUCGCUUUAAGGUGCUGAGCAACAACCACCUUCAAAUCCGCAUUAUAAAGAAGACCGACGAGGGUUCGUACACCUGCGAGGGACGCCUGAUGGCCCGCGGCGAGAUCGAUUUACGGGUUAUCAAGGUCGUCGUGAACGUGCUCCCAAUCAUCCGGGUGUGGAAGUCAGAGGUGAACGCCACAGCAGAUGUGGGCCAAGCCGCCAUGUUGACGUGUGCGGUCGACGGCUAUCCUGAACCCAUGGUGACCUGGACAAGGAACCAGAUCCCACUGGAAGCCGGGGAGAAGUAUGCCUUCAACGAGGACGGCUCGGAGAUGUCCAUCAUGGACGUUAGCAAGCUAGAUGAGGGCGAGUACACCUGCAUCGCCAAAAACAAAGCCGGGGAGACGGAUCAGGAGCUCAGUCUGAGAGUAUUUGUCAAGCCUAAGAUCACCUACAUUGUCAACCAAAGCACCUCUGAGAUGGAGGAGCAGGUUAUGCUAACGUGCGAAGCCUCGGGGGAUCCGACGCCCACCAUCAGCUGGAGCUACGGCAACCGUGUAUUCACCGACGGCGAGCAGGCGCACCUAAACAGGAUCUAUCAGGCAUCAUGGACUCGUCCCGAGCAGCACAAGAGCGAGGACGGCAACGUGGUGGUGCGAAGCGACGCUCGCGUUUCCUCCCUCACGCUAAAGUACGUCAAGUACACGGACGCCGGGCAGUACCUGUGCUCGGCGCGAAGCGCCAUCGGGGAAGAUGACCAGGUGGCAUAUCUGGAGGUCCGCUACGCCCCUAAGAUCCACGGCGAGGUGGCCGUGUACACCUGGGAGGGCAACGCCGUCAACAUCAGCUGCGAGGUGCAAGCUCACCCAAGCCAGGUCACCAUAGCUUGGCUCCGGGACGGAUUCACGCUGCCAAACGCCAACACCAGCAACGUUAAGAUCUACAGAUCGCCCUCGGCCAGCUACCUGCAGGUGACGCCGACAUCCGAGAAUGACUUUGGGAGUUACAACUGCACUGCUUCCAACGAGAUGGGCACAGAAGCCAAAGAGUUUGUCCUCAUCCAAGCCGAGGUGCCAUCGUCGCCCUUCAUCAACGAGGUGUCACCUUUCUCCACCACGGCGCUGGUUCAGUUCGAGGAGCCCGAGUCCAGCGGAGGCGUGCCCGUGCUCAAGUACAAAGCGGCGUGGAGGAUUCAAGGCAGAGGCAGCUGGUCGCAGAGAAUCUUUGAGCUCAAAGAUGGCUCCACGGGCGAGGUGACCGUCACAGACCUGAGACCGGACACCGGCUACGAAAUCAAGAUGUCCGCCAUCAACGGGAAAGGGGAAGGCGAAAGCUGCCCAGUGGAGGUUUUCAAGACGCAGCCAGUCCAUGACGUUUUUGGUUUGUUAUCAGAAGACACAGAAGGAAAUCCGAGUCCUCCCAAACUGGAAGGUGCGCUUCAGCCCAUCGGCAACUCCCUGAAAGUCAGCUGGAUCAAGCAGGAUGACGGCGGAUUGCCCAUCCUCCAUUACCUCGUCCACUUCAAACCGGUUGAGUCGUCCAAGUGGAAACCCGAAAUCAGCAUGCCCAGCGACAGCGACUACGUGAUCCUCAGCGGGCUAGAGUGGGACACGACGUACGACAUCUCCGUGGUGGCCGAAAACCAGAAGGGCAAGUCGGAGCGGGCUAGCAUAUCCAUGCGGACGUCCGUCCAGCCGGCCGUCAUGCCAGAUUUGGAUGAAGACGCGGCGUUUCCCAUGGGGAUCAUAUUGUGGGCGGGCAUCCUGGUGGUGGCGUUCAUCCUGCUGCUCCUGGCCGUGGACGUCACGUGCUACUUUGUCAACAAGUGCGGCCUCAUCAUGUGCCUGUGCGGAAAGUCGGCCUCCGGCACCAAAGGCAAAGACCUGGAGGAGGGAAAGGCAGCAUUCAUGAAAGACGAGUCCAAAGAGCCCAUCGUGGAGGUCCGCACGGAGGAUGAGUGCACAGCCAAUCACAACGCGGCAGGCCCAACAGAACCCAACGAAACCACACCCCUCACCGAGCCAGAGCUGGCGGCUUUCACCGCUGCCCUGGCACUGGACACGCUCUCCUCUGACACGGCCACAGCCGCCAUUGACCCCGCUCAAGACAGCCCCUCUAGCGAGACCACCACGCUCACGUGUAGCCUGUCCACCCCGGCCAACGAGCCCUCGCCCAUCACGGCGCCGGCGCCCAGCCCGGAGACGAGCGCGGCGCCGCCGACUCCCCCCGUGUGCAGGGCGGCCGUCGAGGCUAAGAUCGCGCCGUUAGUGGAGCGGAGGGGAGCCGAUCGGGUGACGGAAGAAGAGGAGCCCAAGAAGAGCGACGCUUCGCCGGCCACCCUCGAACGGACUCAGAAACCCGGGACGCCCAUCCCGCCCAAACGGAGGCACUCUCCGAAACUUGCCGCCCUAAAGGCUAAAGCUAGCCCGCCCGUCUCGCCGUUAGCCACGGAACCGCCUCUUACUCCACACAGUAAGAAAGUAGCUCCCAGCCCUCCGCUCACCCCCAAAGACCCCGAUACAAAUUGCGCCUCUGACAAGCCCGCCCAGCCGUCUAACCCUCUCAACCCGCACCCCAACCCUCCGUCUUCAGCCAUCCACGGCGCUCCCAAAGCGCCGGAUGCUGAAGAGUCUUCCCCUUUGGUCCGAGACGUCCCCACCCCCGUGUCUCCCCCUCCCGCUAGCGAGCACCUCGCAUCGCCGCCGCACAUGUACGACUUACUCGCCCGUGACAUGGGCCUCGAUAACGCCACUUUCGACUUAGAGCUGAGUAACGGCACGGAGCGACCCUGGGCCAUCCCCGACGAUCUGAUUAGCUUAGAGAGCCCGCCCUCUGUCCCUUCUCUGCCCAAUGGAGACGGAGCAGACCUCACCCCCACAAUGGACGCAUCAGAACCUCUGGCUAAGACUGCUCCACCUGUCAACGAUGAGACAAUCUUUUCGGACGUGAAGGGAAAACCGGAGGAGGAGCUGUCCAACGCCGCCACGGAGACGCCUGCCGAGCACAAGAGUGUCAUACAGACAAAAGCCGCGCAGAGCAAAGCAUGAAAAACAAAACAAACGGGAAAAAAAACUCCAUCGUAAACAUUGCGCAGCUGCGGGAAUUUUCAUUUCCAGUGCCCUUUAGUACACGCAAAACACGCGUUUGUCUAGCACGCACUUUUAGCCCAAGGAGUUUAUCUUGCAGUCACCAGAUUUUUAUUUUUUUAAUUUAAUCUAACAGGACUACAUCGGAACUCACACAAGCAUUCGAUUAUCGGGAGAACUAAAAAAAGGAAAAAAACAAAAAACAAAUAUUCUUCAUUCUUUAAAUUUUGUGUCGUGUGUGUGUGUGUGUGUGCGCCGUUCUUUUGUUUUCUCUGAGCUUUUCAUUCGUGCGCCCGUCUCGUUAGCUUGUCUGUGCAUGUUUGGCCUGAAGAUGGUUGCUAAAAGCUUCAUGGUUUCCUCGCCAAUUCGACCACCCCCCCCACACACACACACACAGAUCUCACAUACCGUCACUGCCUCACCAGCGUUUAUUAAACAGACACACUCGAGAGAAAAAAAAUAAAAAAUAAAAAAGCCAUCCGCAGUGCCGAUGUUGUGAUCUAAAUAUGUUUCAUUUGGCUCGUUUCUUCCCCGCACGAAACAAAACAAAACAAUUGGGGGGAUUCUACUUAACUACAAAGACUUCCAUCCCUGCCUGCAAGCUUGUGCACUGUGCCUGUGUGCGUGUGCGCGCGUGCGUGUCAGUAGAACGUCCUGUCAUCGGUUUCUAUGAUAAUCUGCUUUGUCGUGAGAGAUUUAGCGUCUUGUUUUUAUAUAUAUAUGUAUAAAUAUGAUACUGUAUAUUAAAAUGUACUAUUAUAAUUGUUAGACAAAGAAAGGUGUGCUCAAUGGACUAACGUGGUCAUGAAAAUCAUAAGAAGAGGUGUCGUGUUACUAAAAGCGUCCGUCGGGUCUCAAACACGCACAGCACUGUAAACAGCGUCGAGUCUUAUCAGUGGUUCUCGUGAAGGAAGGCAUGAAAUCAUUCCGACUAACGACCAGGCACGUUGGUGGCGACGUAAAUCGCUCAUUUUCAGUUUACGGGUGUUGUUUGGUUUAUUUUCUCCUUCAAGUGUUCUUCAGUAAUGUGCUUUAUCCGAGACCCUCCCCCGUCCCUCACAAUUCUCCUCGUCUUUUGUACAAACUGCUUGUCAGGAAGCAAGGUGGUCGCUCGCUCUUUUCUAAGACAGCAAAUGCAACUUCAAUGCCAACUGGAAGGACGGAUCGUAUUUCCUCGGAACGCUGGCCAAUAAAUGUCUCACAUUAGGAAAGUUAAAAAAAACAAGAACGCUAUCUUAGUUCACUUACACACAUGAAACGCAUUGAUCCCAUUUGAUAUCUGUCGCUAACUAAAACAGAAGCUCCUACCAAGCCGUCAAAUGGCCUCUCAGAUUGAUUUAAAAUGCGGAGAGAAUGUUUUUAAUUACGUCAGCCAUCUAGUAAACUACCUUCAGGGAUCACCUGCAAGUCAAUCUGAACUGUCGCUAACCAAAACAGCAGCACCUGCAUAGGUCAUCCCUCUCACACUUAAGAAGCCUCAAUCAAAUAAAUGCUUCCCUUUACACACAAAAAAAAAGGUGUUAUUUAGACAGCCUCAAAUAAUUUACGCUUACUUAUUUGAGUAAAUACUGUCCAUUUGAACAAAACUGCUCAGCUAUCCUCGUAGUCUUUACGGACCACCUUGCUUCCUUGUUUCGAUCUUAUGGGGUGGAAAAACUCUGCUGUGUACAGUCUGGAGUGCUAACCCAUUUUCGAAAUAAAAACUUUCUUUCUCAAUCUCAA